UAAUUUAAAAUAAUGUUUUUUCAGUUUUCUGUUUUGAACUUUGAUGACCUAUUCAAAAAUUGCCUCCACAGCCUGUUGUAGUUCACUAACACCACAACAAUACAGACUCCUAAAUUUUAAUGAUAAAAAACUUGAUAAAAAUUUAAAAACAUCAAGUAAUACUACUUUUUCUUUCAAGUAUCCCAGAACACUCAUGCCAAAUAUACACAAAUGCUCAAAAGUAGCAUAUAAGAAAAUUUGUCAGAGUUUAUCACAAUGAAAAUACAUAUGUUUGAUGUGUCAUGUAGAGGUGAUAAGCAGUAGUUUUCCUCAGGAUGCAAGUAGUAAUAUAUAAAAUCUACUGUGCAGUUGAAAUGUGGUUUAUUAAAUCCAGGCAGUAAAGGAGUGAUGUGUUGGCUGCCCUUUGUGCUGUAGACAUUCCCAAAUAGUUAGAUCAGGCCUUUAUAGUGUACAAUUCUUUCCACAGAAAUUUGAAACCCAUCAAAACAUUUGCAUUUCUUCAAGUAAAAGAUGAACCACCACUUUAGGGUCACUUCAUUUAUUUGUCUUAAUAUUUUUUUGUUCAGUUUAGGAGAGACUGUCAUAAAUAAUGGCGAACCUUGUUCACCUAAGGACACAAGGAAUGGUGGAGCUGUGGAGGAACCACUCCAGGCAGAAGAGAAUAAAUCUGCAGAUAUUUCAAAACAAAAAGAACAAUGCCUUGUACCAUGUGAUGCUCAAGCUAAAAUUUUACAAGGGGACAAACAUUACAUGUGCAGAAAUUUGCAGAACUCUCUUGCUGAAUAUGCCAGAAGCACAAAAAAACUUGUAAGAGACAUGAUGGAUGAUCAACAGUCUUCACUGGAUUACCUUUCUAAUCAGGUGAAUGAACUCAUGAACAAAAUUGUUCUUUUGAACACAGUAAUUUUGAGAAAACAGUUAGAUCCACUUCCUUACAAAGCAGUUCAAUCUCAUGGUUUGGACUGCACUCAUAUUAAAGAUACUGUUGGUUCCAUUUCAAAAACUCCAAGUGGUCUGUACAUUAUCCAUCCAGAAGGAUCAAAUUAUCCUUUUGAGGUUUUGUGUGACAUGGAUUUUCGAGGAGGUGGAUGGACUGUGGUUCAGAAAAGAACUGAUGGAAUCGUUAAGUUUCAGAGAACAUGGUCAGAAUAUCUGGAUGGAUUUGGUGACCUUAAUGGAGAAUUUUGGCUUGGACUGAGGAAGAUUUUUGACAUAGUGAAUCAAAAAGCCACUCAUUUCAGUCUUUAUGUGGAUCUGGAAUCAGAAAAUGACAAGCAUGCCUAUGCAUCAUAUGAUGGAUUUUGGAUAGAGGAUGAAGCGUGUUCUUUUAAGAUCCAUUUGGGGCAUUAUUCAGGAAAUGCUGGUGAUGCAUUUAGAGGAUAUAGAAGAGAAGAUAACCAAAAUUCCAUGCCUUUCAGCACUUUUGAUGUUGAUAAUGAUGGAUGCAGGCCAAUGUGCACUAUUAAAGGACAGCCAGUAAAGAGCUGCAGUAACUUCAGUGACAACACUGGAUGGUGGUUCAAUAAGUGUGGCCUUGCAAAUCUUAAUGGUGUUCAUCGCUACACAGGUAGAUUCCUUGCAACUGGGAUUCACUGGGAUACAUGGACAAUGAACAAAAAACCAGUCAAAAUUAAAUCAGUUUCAAUGAAAAUUCGGAGAACCAAUUAUCCAUAUUUCCAUUAACAUAUGAAAGCAUAAACAUAUCUCUCCUUGCAAUUAUGUGGAAUGAUGUAUCACAACACUCAUAAACACCUUUCAUGUUCACUUCAACAGUUCAGUCCUAAAACUUCAUUAGAUAUUUCUGUAAUACAAUUACUCAUUUUUAUUGUGAAAUAUCAGCAUUUAUAGUGCACCAGCUUGAGAAAGAAAGACCUGAGAAAAACUGGGUUUUCAGAAAAAGGAUUAAGCUGAGUGUUUGUCAGUUUUUAUUCAACUGCCUCUAAGAAAAUCUCAGAACCAGCAGAAAAAAACAUAAAAAGAAAUGUAAUGCUGAUUUUUGAAUGUGAUCUUUCUAUUCUCUCCACAUAUAUAAACAUAGAAGAAGUUUCAGCAAAUUUUAUUAAAAAAAAAGGUACCAUUUUUAUCAUAAUAUUUUGGAAAAAGACUUCAUCUUAAAUUAAAUUUUCAGAAUGUUUUUCUUUCUAUAUUCCUUAUCAGGCAAGAGAACAAUUGUUUCAAUGUAUAAAUAAAGUUUUGUAUACCAUCAGGGCCCAACUUUUAUACAAGUAAGGCUGAUAGUGGCAUUCAAGAACUAUGACUAAUUUUAUAUUUAAUUUUCAGUCAAUGUAUUUCAUAAUCCAUUUUUGACUCUACCAUUGUCUAUUUCACAAUUGACUACAAAUGAAAACAUUUUUUCAAAGAAAACUUACAGCUUUUCAUAGAACCUUUGCAGUUUUAAUUUUUUGAUAUAUGGGCCUGAUCUUAUGUUUUUCAUUCUUAGUGGCUUUCACUUUGUGAACAAUCAUGUGGUAAUGAAUAAAACCAGCUUAAGUUGUGUGAGCACAUAUAAAACUAAGGAUUAUGAUUCUUUGAAUUUCUGUCAGUAAAAAUACAAUAAUAGCAAUAAAAAUGUGAAUAUUGUCAGUACAAUGUUUCUGGAACUUGGCAUGAAAUCUGUAGCAGCUAGGCAUGGUAUUUCUCAUCUUUGCUUCAGUUUCAGCUCCGUAGUAGCAUGUGGGAUGAAAAUAGUUAAAAACUCCAUUAACUUUCUCUUUGCUGUUUUUUAUUUUAACCAAGCAUUAAUACAACAAGCAGAAAUCAUCAUCAAUUCAGAACCACCAUGGUUUAGGAUUUCUUCCCAAAGAUUUAUGUAGCCAUAGGAGGAAACAAAGCUUUUCAUAGGGUAUGUUACAAAGUUAAAGGGGAGAAAAGAUUCCUCUUUUCUUGUAUUUUUCUAGUAUGUGGUUUGGUCUAGCCUUAACAGUUGGAGGCAAAAAGUUGCUAAACUUGCUAAAGUUGCUAAAAGCAGGUUUCCUCUCUGCUAGAGGGAAACUGAGAGCUAUCCUUAUGGGUAGGCUUACAGGAGAAGCAUGGUAGGAAGUAGCUUGAGGAAAAAUAUCACAGAUACCUUGUAAAAUAUACAAUGCUUUGUAGAGGCAUUGUGAGAAAGGAGAUAGGUCCUGCUCUUUGGGGAGUCUGAAUUCUCUGAGCACAGUGUGGGGGUUUGUUUUUGUCAGACACUGCAGUCUUUGAAAUUAGAGGUGAAGAAAUUGUCUGUACACCCUCUUCAACCUGCCCUCACACCAGCCUUAUUAGGAAUGCAACUGCUUUGAACAGCAGCCUGGACCCAGCAGACUUAUAAAGGUAGAUGCUUAAGAGCUUCUGCACUAAGAUUAGCAAGCACUGGAGCUUAAAAAGGAGAUUAACUCUGACUGCAAGUCUGGAUGUUGUCAGUGUAUUAGGGCUCUUAUGUCAGAAAGAGCCCUCAGCCUAUGGCACAAGAAUCCUACUGGAGAAUGCCUGUGGGUAAAUUUCAUGGAAAUGUAAUGGCUUUAAUGAAAGCCUCAAACUGAUGGUGUGGCCUCGGUUCUGACAACCAGGUCCAAGCCUGUGAGCAGGAGUCCAAGUAGGUACUUUGGAUGUAUAUAGCUAUAUUCUACUGACACCCAGAGGCUGCUUUUGGCCUAUUUAGAAUGCCUACUUAAAAAUGAAGGUGGCAAAUGAAGAUUGCAGACUUGUGCUGGCAGAUAUUACUGCAUUUAAUUAUGAGGUUUAAUCUCCCCAUUGUCAGCAUUGGCUAGAUUAGCCGGCAGCAACAAAUCUUAAAGGAGAUAGACCUGAAAAGAUAAUUAGGGAUUAAAGAUUCAUUCUUGCAAAUAGACAUUGUUUUUAAAUGUAGGACAUGCCUAGAACAUCAGAGUGCUAGAGAUUAAUUGGCAGCCUCCUGGUGCGUAUCUGAAAUACAGCAGUGACAAGAGAACAUUUUCUGUGUGAUAGAUGGCUAUUGUCUUCAAAGGCUCUUUUCCCUUGUAACAAAAAAACUGGGAAAACAAAUUUUUAGUUAAACACAGAGAAUUUUCAAGGACUUUAAACUUUUUCCAGGAGCCUAUGUUUCAUAUUUUCAUCUCAUGGUUCCCAACUGUCAUAAAAUAGCGUAAGAUUUAUGUGGCCAUAUAUUUAGGACUGGUAUUCAGCUGGUUAUUUCCCAAACAGUCUUGUUUCAACUAUAACGAAACAUGUAGUGUGUCUUAAUAUGCUUAUUAAGAGAGAUCAGUUCAGUGUUUCAACUGUACUUAGUAUCUAUUCCAGGAAUAUUUCAAACUAUGAGAAGUUGCCAUUAAAAGACACGUAAUCUGUGAUGCUAAAAAACUGCACUUCUUUUGUUUUCUUUUUCCAAUAGUAUGUCUUCAACUUGUAAAUCUCAGUUUGGUGAACUCAAAUUGUUUAGUUAUUUGGCCAUUCUGGUUACAAGAAACAUUUCUGAUGACUUUAAUUUUGUUUCACAUGUCUCCCUCUGAGGUAUGCCCUGUAUUGUCCCCAUUGCCAAACCAGAAGCCAGAAGAGACAAUCCCUUGGCAUGGGAGAAGUCUUUUGUGGGAUUCUCUUGGUAUGGCUGUAGAGAAAAUGUAAGUUAUUUACAGAAGGGGCACUGGAAAUCUGCACACCCAUUUCCAAGCUGGGUAUUGAUCUGCCAGGUGUUCUGAUCUAUAAAGGCAGGAUGCACUUCAUUUAGAAGCUUAUUGCAAACUGAGUUAAAAUUGAGGAAAGAAAGGCAUCUAUGGCUUUCAGUGGAAACAGAUUUUGCUGACAUGUUCUAUAUUCAUCAAACAGAAGUUUUUACUUUACAACAUGCUUAAAUGAAUAUUUCUUAUACAGAACAGUGCAAAUGGCACUGUUCUAUUCAGAAUCGUACAAAGAUGUGAUACAAGUAUAAAAGGGAAUGGUCCUUUAAUUACAGAAAGAUUUUUUCCUCCAUCAUUUCAAUUUUUAGCUUUGUGUGUGUCUGUGUGUGUAGAAUUCACACACAAGCAGACAAACCCACGUGUGUAUUUCCAGUGCAAUUCCCAGUGAGACAGAAGGCUGCUAAUACCGGUAUCACAGGGGCUCACAACCAUAUAUUAUCCAUGUGCUAUCCUCCAUCGCCUCAGCUUUUCCCGAGCCUCAUCUGAUCCGACAGUUUUGAGUUUUGUGCUUGUGGCAGGCUAUCCUCGUCAGGGGGACAAAGUCAAAAACUAGCCUUUAGAAGCAAAGACUAGGCUCAGCUUUGAGUCCAGUAAAGCUUUGUUACAAAAACCAUUCAAAACUGAGAGUGUUUUUCCAGGUCUCCCGUCCUCUGCCUGAAUCCCACCAGGUUCCAAACCCGGCGGGGCUC